AUGUCGAACACCUUGCUGUCCGGUGCGAGGUCGAAACCAACCGAUUUCGCGGAUUCCUCCGGGAGACUUGUCCGCACGAAUUGUGGUUCCGCCGUUCAUGAUUCUCUCAUUUAUUCCGGGGGGACUAGCAGUGGGGCUGCUAGAGUUUAGGGGAGUUAUAUUUCCGAAGGACAGAUGCAAACUGGCCGGGGAAGAUUUAGGAGUGGAAAUAGUCUUGAGAGUCCGCAACAGAUAAUUCAGAAUGCUGGGUUUGUCCUAUUUUUAUUCUACUGACCACCCUAUGUUACUCCUAAUAUAAUGUUUUCUUUCUGGGGUGACGAGAUCUUCUCGGACGUCGCAAAAUUGUGCAACUCGCCGGUGCUAGCAAUUGUCCUAAAAAUUUUGCAGAUCACGUCCGACAAUGGUUUACUUUAUCCGUUACGCACAACUUCAACCGAGGUCGCAAAACACAAUUAGUUGUCAACUGUUGUCUAUACAUUACCCGCCGUCUCAAAAAGAGUUCCCAGAUCCUGAUUGACUUCUCAGACAUCCAGUCGCAUACUAAAUGUGAGUUUUCCCCCCGAAGUCAGUUGGGCUUCUUUCUAACAGCGCUCCGGGUGAAUGUCUUCUCACCCGGCCACACCUACCCUCAACUCGUUCAUCUCCUGGAGGCCUGGUUACCACUAGUUACCACACGUAGAUCCUACAGUCUACCUCUACCGCUUCUCAAAGCACCUCAACUUGGGCUGCGAAUAGGCUGAGGUCGCCAACGACACCCUCCGUAUCAUACAACGUAUGUCCUGUAAUUGGAUGGUCCAAGGCUAUCAGCCAUCGGGUAUUUGUGGCGCCGCAUUGAUCCUCACAGCCCGCAUGAACAAUUUCCGCCGUUCUGUUAGGGAGGCAGUUUACGUUGUUAAAAUAGCCGACUUGACUACCCAGAAGCGGCUGGAGGAAUUAAAGGAUGCUAAGAGGGAAGACUUGAGCGUUGAAGAAUUUAGAAAUAUAUGGUUGGAGCAAGCGUACGGCCCACCCAGCUAUGGACCAAAAGCCUCAAAGAGGCGCAAGAGGGUCAGGAACGUUAAUCAUGAUGGAGAAGUCACCGAGAUUCCCAGAAUAUUGCUAUUGUCACUGCUCCCGUAGAUCCAAGUGCCUCUCCAAGCACCCCCCCGGGACUCCUCCUAGUGCUCCUCCCAGCGCCCCAACACUACUUACACUUCUCGAUAAACCCCAAUACUGGAUGCUAACGGCUUCGUAAUCCCAGAACUCCCCCCCCUUUGCCGCUCCCUAUCUCCUCACUCCCGGGAACAUCAAUCGACAUCAAGGACCCCCACACCGCAAGGCGUCUAAAAGGCCCAAGGUAACCAACACUCCGCCAUAGUGGAGGAAGUAAUCGAAUCCGAAAUUGCCUCUCUACCAGAUGGCUCUACCGUAUCGAUAAUGGAAGAGCUCUGAGAGGCCGACCGCCAAGUGCGCAAUGAAUGUGCCCCCUCUACUACAUCAGAUGGCCCGGACAAUCUCGACGACGUCGACGACGACUUUAAAGUCCAGAACGCCCUGCCGGCCAGGGAGGAAUGCGUCCUGAAGGAGAAGAUCUAGGUGGGGCUUAACAAGGACUACAUUCGUGAACAAGAAUGCAAGAUCUUCUCUUUUCUCCCUUUUUUUUUUAAUCUCCCCUCCCCUCCCGAUGAGUGCCAUGGUAUGGCUAACAUGGAUAUUAUAAUAAAACACCUGAAGAAGGAAACUGACCUCCGCAACAGUAUCAUAAGGACUGCCAAAAAGCGCACGAGGAAUAAACUCCGCGAUAGCAACAGCAAGGAAAUGGCUGCUACCCUUGUUGACAGUGCGGAGAGCGUGCUUAUGCGCAGGAGAUGUUCCAAAAAGAUCAAUUAUAAAGGGAUC